AAGUGACGGCGCGGGCGGCGGCGGCGGAGCGAGGCGGCGGCGCGGCCGGGCCGGGCCCGGGGCUCCCGGCACAGUUACAUAAAGGUGAAGUGACAGCUCCCACACUGUGUUUGUCCCAGAUGGAGCCGUCGUCCCCGCCGUUCCUGCUGGCCAAGCUGACCCCGCUGCACUCGGAGCAGCUCCUGCAGGGCCUCAACCUGCUGCGGCAGCACCAGGAGCUGUGCGACGUGGUGCUGCGCGUGGGCGAGGCCAAGAUCCACGCGCACAAGGUGGUGCUGGCCAGCAUCAGCCCCUACUUCAAGGCCAUGUUCACCGGGAACCUGUCGGAGAAGGAGAACGCCGAGGUGGAGUUCCAGUGCGUGGACGAGGCGGCGCUGCAGGCCAUCGUGGAGUACGCCUACACCGGCACCGUCUUCAUCUCGCAGGACACCGUGGAGUCCCUGCUGCCCGCCGCCAACCUGCUGCAGGUGAAGCUGGUGGUCAAGGAGUGCUGUGCCUUCCUGGAGAGCCAGCUGGACCCCGGCAACUGCAUCGGCAUCUCGCGCUUCGCCGAGACCUACGGCUGCCACGAGCUCUACCUGGCGGCCAGCAAGUUCAUCUGCCAGAACUUCGAGGACGUGUGCCAGACCGAGGAGUUCUUGGAGCUGACGCACGCGGAGCUGGACGAGAUCGUGUCCAACGACUGCCUGAACGUGGUGACGGAGGAGACGGUGUUCUACGCCCUGGAGUCCUGGGUCAAGUACGACGUGCAGGAGCGCCAGAAGUACCUGGCGCAGCUGCUGCACUGCGUGCGCCUGCCCCUGCUCAGCGUCAAGUUCCUGACGCGCCUCUACGAGGCCAACCACCUGAUCCGGGACGACCACACCUGCAAGCACCUGCUCAACGAGGCCCUCAAGUACCACUUCAUGCCCGAGCACAGACUGUCGCACCAGACCAUGCUGCUGACGCGGCCCCGCUGCGCGCCCAAGGUGCUCUGUGCCGUGGGGGGCAAGGCCGGGCUCUUCGCCUGCCUGGAGAGCAUGGAGAUGUAUUUCCCCCAGAACGACUCGUGGAUCGGGCUGGCCCCGCUGAGCAUCCCCCGCUAUGAGUUCGGGGUGUGCGUGCUGGAGCAGAAGAUGUACGUGGUGGGGGGCAUCGCCACCCACGUGUGCCAGGGCAUCAGCUACAGGAAGCACGAGAGCUCCGUGGAGUGCUGGGACCCCGACACCAACACCUGGAGCUCCCUGGAGAGGAUGUUCGAGAGCCGCAGCACGCUGGGCGUGGCCGUGCUGGCCGGCGAGCUGUACGCGCUGGGCGGCUACGACGGCCAGUCCUACCUGAGGAGCGUGGAGAAGUACAUCCCCAAGGUCAAGGAGUGGCAGCUGGUGGCCCCCAUGAGCAGGACACGGAGCUGCUUCGCUGCUGCCGUGCUGGACGGCAUGAUCUACGCCAUCGGGGGCUACGGGCCUGCCCACAUGAACAGCAUGGAACGUUACGAUCCGAGCAAGAACUCCUGGGAGACCGUGGCCUCCAUGGCUGACAAACGGAUAAACUUUGGGGUGGGGGUCAUGCUGGGCUUCAUCUUCGUGGUGGGGGGACACAACGGGGUGUCCCACCUGUCCAGCAUCGAGAGGUACGACCCCCACCAGAACCAGUGGACGGUGUGCCGGCCCAUGAAGGAGCCCAGGACAGGCGUGGGCGCGGCGGUGAUCGAUAACCACCUGUACGUGGUGGGGGGGCACUCGGGCUCCUCCUACCUGAACACGGUGCAGCGCUACGAGCCCAUCUCGGACUCGUGGCUGGACUCGGCGGGGAUGAUGUACUGCCGCUGCAACUUCGGCCUCACGGCCCUCUGAGGCCGCUGCCCUCGGACGCGGCCGGUGGGGCUGAGCCCGCUGCCCGGCCCGGCCCGGCCCGGCCCGGCUCGGCCCGGGAGCGACCCGCUGCUCCCGGGGCGCUGCGGCGGCACAGCGCGGGGAGCUCGGUGCCCGCCGCCCUCGGCACCCUGCUCGUGCCUGUGGGCUCGGGAGAGAGCUGCGGCCCCGGUGGAAAUCUGUCCAUCCAACCCUUCCUAGAGCUUGUGUCUCCUCCUCGUGUGGAGUGCGGCGUUCCCGUGCUGGGGGAGCGGGCUGAGCGUGCGGGCUGAGCACAGCGGGGCUGAGCCCUGCCCGGGGCUGCACCCGCACCGCGCCAGCGCUUCACGGGCUUUUUUAUGGCCGGUAACUCAAGGGCUGCCUUGUUUCUGUAUCUCAAGGUUUGUACAUAAUAAAUGCCAUAGGAUGUUGCCUGUACUCUCCUUUGUCACCUGCUUCCUGGUAGGAGGGCUGGGAUGAUCCUUGGAGACAUUUACAAGGCAAAUUUAUUUGCCUCCUCGGGACAUUUUUGGAGCUGACGAAGAGAAUUUGCAUUUUUAACUUUUCCCUUCUGUUUUCUGCUCGCGGAGGAACGAGUGCUAGAUGAACUGACUGCAUCCUGCUGUGUGCUUUCGGUUGGAAUGCGAGGAGGAAUCACAGCAGCAGCAUUCCUAGCAUGAGACCCAGUAACCCUCCGAGCCAGCCCAUCCCAUCCCAUCCCAUCCCAUCCUCCCCAGCUCGUGUCCGUGUUCCCCUUUUCCCAAGGAUUGUAUGACUGCUUCCUCUGAGUGUUCCCAUCUCACAAUGGUGCUAAAUGUAGGGUACCCCCGAGGCUGUUCCUGAUUUCGGUGCAUAAAGCAUGUUUGGAUUGUU